UUCGCCAACGUGGGAGAAGCGAAAAUGUGAAGUUGUUUUGAACUUCUGUGGGAAUUUGUGUGAACGAUUUCGGUGUGUUUGUUAUUGUUUUAAGUUAUAAAAGUUGGGCUUGUACAGAUCUCUGAGUCUGUUUUACCAUGAUGCCAGGGGAAAGUCAGUCCAAAGCGCUGGCUUUAGCCGCGGAAGCGACGAUCGGAAACUGUCAGAAGUGCUCUCUUCUGCACCAGAGCCUGAAUGAAUAUGUGUCGUCUUUUCUGGCGCUGAAACAGAGGAUAGCGGUUUCAGAUGACGCAAUCAGGCUUCAACAACAGCUGGAGGAGCUGCAGAUCAAAUUAUUGUCUCUGGAGAAAAAGACAGCAGAUUAUGAAUCCUUGCAAGCACAACUGGAGGAAAAGAAGGGUGCUCUUAAGGCUUAUGGACAGAUGUCUGAAGAGAUGGAAACAUUGAAGCAGGAAAACAGCAGAACGGUGGAAGAGAAUAAGAAGCUUCAAAACCAGCUACAUGAAGUGGAAGAAACACAGUCACUUGAAAGCGCAAAGCUGAAGAGGGAAAAGGCUUUUGUAGAAAAUGAUUUGCUGAAAGUACAGGCGUCUUUGAUGAAGUCUCAGGCAAAGGCAGAACAACUUGAAAAUUUGAUGGAGGAGAACGCCAAGACAACACGCAUAAAGGAAAACCUUGAAACUAAAGUGAAACAGUUUGAAGACUUCAUUUGCAAACAAAACCAACAAAUAUCCCAACUGACUAAAGAGAAGAUCCUGCUGGAAAGAAACAUUGAUGACCUCCAGGCCAGGCUGAUCAAACUGGAAAGAGAGAGGAUUAAAGACUUUAGGAGCACAUCAACUCAAGCAAGUGUACCUGGAGAGCCGAAAGUUAACAAAGAAAAGAUCCGGAUGCUGUUGGAGAAUGUGUGGGCCUGUGUAGAACCUCAGCAGGAAAACACUACAAACAUGUUGCACUUCCCUGAGCCCUGUUCCAAUCCAGUUUUACCCUCCUCUCCGAAAAACAGUCUUCACUGUCAUUUGAAAAAGACGUCCCCAUCUCCUCACAAGAUCAGAGAAUCCCACUGUCACUCCGUUCAGACAAAUGCCCCUUUUACACAGAUCAAACCUUCUCCACUACGACAGAACGCCGUCAAGGGUCCAGCAUGUCUGCAGUCAACAAGGUCCAGGAAGAAAACAGACGCGCCCAAAAAGAGCAAGCGAUUGUCAGAGGAGCGCAAACCUGAGGAGUCAUCCUCCGACUUUGGCAGCUCCACAGUAUCUGCUGAAGAGAUACUGUCGUUGUUCAAACCAAUACUUCCCUGCAUCUCACCACUACCAGAUUCGGGCGCUGAGUCAGAAUCUAUGGAGACAGGCGACGGAGAAAAAGAAAACACCAAACAUUCUCAUAACUCCGUUCAUCUGCGACGAGAGAAGUCCUCGCUCAUCACAACGUCGGUCUCAAGCCUGUCGACAAAAUCUUCUGUUGUACCAACAGAGAAGAAUGUGGACUUGCCAGUGGUCAUGGCACAGGAAGCAGAACAAAUGUCCAAUGACAACUUCUCUAAAGACUUGGUACAAAAGUUUCCAAGUGUCGACGCUGAAAUGAAGGACAUGAGAAGUGCAGAUGAUGAAGAAAUGCAGCUUGAAAAAGCAACGCAUUCUGAUCAGGAGUUAACAACUGAUCUAUUAGUAUCUGCAUCAGCAUCAUGUGCUUCUUCCACACCAGUUAUUGUUGAGUGUAUGCCUUCAAAUACCGAAAGUCAAAAGUCAUCCUGCAUGGAAAAUCUAGACAACUCAAAAACGAACAGUGCAAAGCACGAUCCGUCAAAGACUGCAGAUGGUGGAGAGUCACCCAGAAAAAUAGAUCUAGCUGUCAUACCUGAGGGAGAAGGAAAGAAUACUGAGUGUCUUGGUGAAGACACAGACGUCGAGGAGAGGUGUUUGUCAAUCAGGAGCAGUGUCUCUUGUAAAGAUGGUGAAGAGGAGCUUGGUAAUGGUGUAUCCAUAAAACUACCAGCAGAUGAAGAUGGGACAGAAGUGCAGGGAAAGAACGUCGACGUAACAGCAAAUGGAAAUAUGAAACUUCCAUUUCAUUGCGAGUCUUCACUGUUGGAGAUUGAAAAUGACGAGUGCGAUCAGGAUGGAAAAUCUGGUCAAGCAAAUCCUUCAAACAAGGAUGCAAACUUUGAGACAUUGGACACUAAACUAGCAGAUAAUGGACUCUCCCUUUCUGCCCAUGAAGAGACAAAGACUGUGAACUGUGACUCUUUGAAAGAAAACACUCAUUCUGUGUGCAGGGCGUCGAGUCCUUCAUGUUUGUUUCCCACUGGCAAAUUACAAGCCUUGGAAACUUGCCAAAACCCAGAACAAUUGGAUGUUGGUGUGAACAUGGAACACGUUUCAAUAAACAAGAAAACUCCACAGCUUGUGCCCAGAAGUGAGAAAGAGAGUGCUAUUAAAAAGGCAAAUGCCCAAGAGUCGCCUGAGGACGACAUUGAUGCAAGUAUCCAUAAAGUGAGUGAAUGUAAACUGGGCGCUGUUAGUCCUACUGCCUCAUUCAAACAAAGUGCAAAAGGACAAAUUCAGUGUUUGGAGUCAGAGGAACAGCCUUGUUCAGUGGCAGAUUCAACUGCAGAUCAACCGCCUGAAUUUCUAGGCCAAUUUUUAGCUAAAAUGGGACCUCCUCUUCCUCCUGUCCUAACCCCUCUGAGCACUCCUCCAAAGGCAGGGAAAUCAAUCAAUCCAAGGCAGGCCAUUGGGAAACUUCUGUUCCCCUCACCCCUGGAUAGACUGGCUUCACCUACCACUCCAGUCCAGACCCAGUUGACACCCGACAGUCGGCAGCAGAGUUCCUCAUCUCUGAACAGUCCAGUACGUUCAAACGGCGUCCCCUCAUCGCCCCUUCAGUUCGGCUCUGCCACUCCAAAGCAUGCUGUACCUGUACCAGGUCGCCUGCCCAGGACAGCCAUGAAUUCUUCCAUGACUCCUUCCUCCAGUCCAUCUCAGGAAAACUCCAUGAGGAUCCUUGAUACCAUGUAUCCAGAUCUGUCUGCCCACGCCCGCACUCUGAGCAUCCUCAGAGGAAAUGUCGGUCUCAGCAUGUGUUCGUCAGACAGUGGAACAUCACCUUCAACCACUGUGAGUCAGAUGUCAGGCUUUAAAACGAUAAACUCCACCUCAACAGCCUUCACCAAGACUGAGACGAAAGGAGAAAAGCGACGGGCGGACAGUCCGCCUCGACCCAAAAACAGGAAAUGUCUCAGGUUGGAUAACUGCUCUCCCACUGUCAGUCGACAGCAGGUACCUUCUGCCUCCUCGAACAGUGGAGAGGACACCGGCUCACCUCAGACUCUGAGGCUAAAACAGCUCCGAAACGAGGCAGCUUCUCCAACCAUGGAGAGCGGGGCGCCGACAGGGACAGAUCUUAUAGAUACUUAUUUAAAGAAAAUCGAAAAGCAGUGUUUUGAUCUGCUGCCUGUGAUCCAGAGCCACCUGUACGUCGGUAAUCUGCCCAAGAAGCCUGUCCUAAGAGAAGAGGAGAAGGAGGUCAUCGCUGAGAUCUGCCAAAGCUGCUUGAUUAAUGCAGAUGAUGUGAUUCUGGCCAUCCUGAACAAACUGAAAUCAGAGAAAAGAGAUCUGAGCACAAACUACAUGCAGGCUCUGUGCAGAGUCCACACGGGGAUCUGUAGACAAAAGAGAGACUGGGAGAAGUCUCACAUCCUGGCUUACAGCAUUCUGGCAGAAGAUUUUCCAGAUGCUGCUAUGCUGAUUUUGUUCAUGGUGACUACGUGGCCCAGUGUUCUGUCACACAGCAGUUCUCUGUGCCAGGCAAUACAUGCUGUCACCAAACUGAAAGCACAAGAAAACCUCCUCAGCUGCCUUUCAGCAUUCCUCUGUUGGGACAAGAGUCCUCCAUGUGAUAUUGACGAGCUGAUCUCCAGAACGCUGUCUGAUAUUCGGUCAGGGUCAAGCCCGUCUUUCACUGAACACGGUCGACACGGGAUGGACCUGCGGACUGAGGCAUGGGAACAAGUCUUCACCCUGCACCUCCUUUGUACACACAAGAUGUGGAAGUGGACCUAUGAGAAUGUAUUAGGCAAGGAGCUGUGGCCGUUAAUGAACAUGUGGGUGACUCAGCCCAGAGAUCAACAAGCACCUGUCUCUGAUGUGACUGUUGCCACUGUACUUCGACUCAUAGGGCGCCUCAGUCAGCUGGGAAUCAGAGAGAGGAAUGUUUCCUCUGUUACAACGGUGGCCAGCGUCAUCAACACGUUUGGAAGGCAUGGACACGGUGAAGGUGUGCCAUGGGAGGUCCAGUUAGCAGCCAUCUACUGCAUCUACGACCUGUCUCCCAUCAAUCCCAAAGAAGCCAUGGAAGCUCUUGCUGGGUGGAGAGGAGAAACGUCUCGGAGCGUCCCCCCUGCUGUCACGAGCUGCAUUAACCAGUUAGCCUCAGUCUGCAGACAGAUUAAGAGCUGAGAGAGACAAAACCACAUGGAUUUUACAUUUACAAGACAGGAUGAUAUGGAAAAAUCCCAUCAUACACCCAAGUUUAUUUCAAUGUAUGCACUUGUAGACUAUGUUAAAUUCCUGCUUCAUUUAGCAUGGAGGCACAUGUAGAGAUUUUAAACUGAAACAAAUCAUCAAGGUCACUUUCAGACAUGUUUGCACUUCUACUUAAAUAAUAAAUAAAUAACAUGUCAUUUUGAUAUAUAGUACUACUUGUCUUCUGGGUCAAUGUUUGAGAAAUUCAAUUCAAUUUGGUUUUCUUAAUGUUUUAAAUGUCCAUACUGUAAUAAAUGUACUCGCAUAAUCAGCUGCCUCUGACAUACUCAGGUUAUCCUGUAAAAUAUUGUAAAACAUGUACCAGUAGAUGCCUUUUGUUGUUAACUGUGGCUCUGUUAGGUUUAGUUUUUCUUUCAAGAGAUUGUUUAUUGUAGGAAUUAAAUAUAAGAUGUUUACAAUCACAUGUGAUUUGUACAGUUUAUAAUUUAAAUAUUUAAAAUUAAAAUGUCUAUAUAUUGAAUCUA